AUGGAAGCAGAGUACGCGUCUUGUCCAGCUAAAUCGUGCGAGACGAAGCACAGGGAGUGGUUCAAGAUAUCGAAGCGUGAGGCAAAAGAAGUUGUCGAAAUAUGGAAAAAGUUUAGUGAGCUGAUGCCAUACACCGAGACUCGUCAACUGAACGACAUCUGGCAGGGCAUUACGACGGCUCAGCUAGCUAAGCCUUGGUCAUCAGAUGCCAAGGUGUGGUUGAAGGAAGAACUGCUUACAAUAGUGUCAAAGGAGAAAAGGCUGGCAAAGCUACAGGAUAACUUGGACAAGAAGAAGCAGGAACGAGAGGGCAUUAAGCAAAAGUUGCUACAAGCCGAAGAAGACGAAGAGCGUCUUCGAAAACAGUUGGAAGGAUUGGCGAUUGGUAACAGGUAA